UGACGUGUCUCCAUGGCAACCAGUGUCACUGCAACAGGUCCGGUCAUCUAACGGUGCGUCCUGUGCGUCCUGGAGGAAUGAAAACCAGAACAGAUGGAGAAAAAAAAGGAAACUACGAGAAAGCCAUGUAAUUUUUUGGUGAUAUUUUAGUCCAUGUGUUGUUUUGAAAAGUAAUGACGCCAUCACAAAGAGGCCGGUAUGGAUGCGAGGCGCGCAACAAUAAAUGGAGAAAAGCAGAUCCUCCUGUUCCCUUGUUGAGGCAUGAAGGAGGUGGACCUCAACCAUGGCCCCUUCACCCCCACCCUAAGAGACAAGUCCACAGAUCCCACUUCCCCCCUCCUCCACCUCCUCCUCCUCUUCCUCCUCCUCCUCCUCCUCCUCCACCUCACCUCCCACUCUUCCACACCCGGCAUGCAGAGGAGAGUGCUGAGAGGCCUCGUCUGGUCACCAUUGUCCGGCCCUGUGGACAGGGUACUUUGCGAAAGGUAACUGUCCUGUUAAACCGCAGAGGUGUGGUGUCUUUCGAGCAACUGCUAUUGGAUAUCUCUGAGGCGUUGGGGUUUCCUCGCUGGCACCGAGCCAGAGUCACACGCUUGUACACCACCCAUGCACGAGAGGUAAAGGGUGUGUGUGAUUUCUUCCGGGGGGAGGUGGCUCUCCUGGCACUGGGUAAAGCUCGUCCUGAUCUGAGCAGUGUGCAAGAAGCUCUGAAGGAAUUGUUUCCAGAACAUCCCCAUUACCGGGCUGAUGCACUGCGGACCUGGGAGAAAAGGCUCCGUCCAGCACCAGAUAAAGCAGCCAAGGCCGACAGCGGGUACAGUGAGGGGACCAACAGCAGCGAGACACAAACUAAAAAGGAGGGAGACCAGGAUGCAAAUACACACAUCAUAAAUCAAGCUGAUAUACACACAAGCAAACAGCUGCCUCACCAUAUGGACACACAUCAGUCUGAAAAGUGUCAUAAAAAGAAUUCCUGCAGAAAACCAGCUCACAAGCCGAACCACCUGCAGAGACUACGAGUCAAGGGCGGGGUCAGAGAAAUGCCGCCUUCUGUCAUUGGUCCUUUUAAACAUGAGGAAAGUCUUAGAGAGGCAGACAUACCCUCUCCUACUUUAUGUGAAAACUGCUCAGUAAGAAGGGCUAAAAAUCUGGUGUCAGAGCGGCUCAAUCCCCUCUCAGGGAGGAUUCCACUUCCUCCUGUUUCAAGGAAACAAAAAGGAAGUUGUCAUGCAGAACAGGAAGAGAGAAAAGUGUUUGUUCAUAUAAGCCCUCCUCCGUCUCCUCAGCCAAUCAACAAAAAUGAGAAGAAAAGUGUUCCCCAGUUACAACUUAUAAAUCCACUUCCAGAUUUGGGACGUAAAGACAUACAGCAGCAACUGACCUUUGACCCCCCAUCAGAUGGUGCUGAUGUCACCCUGACAGAUAUCGAACAAUGUUACGAGAUCGGACGUGUGGUUGGAGAUGGCAAUUUUGCAGUAGUGCGAGAGUGCUGCCGUCGUGACAACGGGCAAACACUUGCUAUGAAGAUAAUUGAACGCUCCAAGCUGAUUGGUCGAGAGCAUAUGAUGCAGAACGAGUUAAGUCUCCUGGGUAGCCUCUUUCAUCCCCGUAUAGUGCGGCUGUUUGCUCACCACCACACACGCACUCAUUCCUAUCUGGUGAUGGAGCUGGUGAGCGGGGGGGAUCUGUUCGAGGCCAUCAGUGAGAGGGGGAAGUUUCCAGAAGAUGAGGCAGGACUGAUGGUGUCAGACGUGGGUGAAGCUCUAAACUUCAUCCACUGCAAAAGUAUCGUCCACAGAGACCUGAAACCAGAAAACCUGCUGAUUGAACAUGUAGCUGCUGACAUCUGCAGGCUGAAGCUGGGAGACUUUGGUCUUGCCAUGGUUGUAACUGAACCUGUCUUUACUAUCUGUGGCACUCCCACAUAUGUAGCCCCAGAGAUUCUCUCUGAAACAGGUUACGGAGUUCCAGUGGAUGUUUGGGCUUUGGGUGUUAUACUCUAUAUCCUGCUAUGUGGAUUCCCCCCAUUUCGCAGUCGAGAUCGAGACCAGGAAGAGCUGUUCCAGCUAAUAAAGCAGGGAAAUCUCCACUUCCUGUCCCCCUACUGGGACCCUAUUUCAGAAGAGGCCAGAGGAUUUGUCAAAGCCCUGCUACAGCCAGACCCCACAAUGAGGCUGACAGCAGAGCAGACCUUGCUGCAUCCUUGGGUGAAAGCUAUGGCUUCAACCUGCAGGCAGAGGGCGCUGACAGACACAGCCCAGAAAAAGGAAGCAGCUUCAGGAGUAGAACCAGACAGAAACCAAGGACAUGCCCGGACCAAUUCUUUAGAAACAGAGAUAGACAAGACAACAGGACAUUACAGAAGAGAGGUAGAAAUUGCACAUGUGGAGAUCAGUGAGAAACAGACUGAGAUGAAGACAGAAAGAGGAAAAGAUGAGGACAAACCACAACAGCAGCAACAAGAGACAAGUACAGUUAACAAAAUGUGCCCUCAGUUUAAAGUGCACACAUCAGAGGUCAAACUUGGUCAACAGAGACCUGGGUACUCCUCCACAGACCCUGUAACACCUGACAGGGAACACAACAAACAGGAAUUACAGGAUCCAGAUCCCAGUGAAACAAGCCAGGUGGUUGAACUCAAUCAUCUCAGUGCUCUUCCAGACCAGAUUAAAACACCCUCAAAAAAAAACAGCCAACAGCAGACACCUUCAUAUUCACCACAUCCAACCAAUCAGGAACAACAAACCAUCAACGGUCGUUAAAUGCAACAUCAUCAAACACUCUUGAAUCAACAGGACUUUAUCUCUCCUCUAUACAACCAAAACCACCUAACAGAAAGCUGCCCAACACUAUUUACACCCCCACCAACACACACACAUCCAGGCCUGACCCAGUUGUCAAUCAUCCAUUUAAUCAUGUGAUUAGAUCAAGGUCAUCACUCGCAUUGUUACAGACAAUACCACUGAUUUCUCUACAGCUGUUUCCUUGAAUGAACUGCAGCUGAUGUGAUUUACUUUGAAUUGGAUCUGAAUGAUGAGUAUGGAUGUAUCUCAUAAACAAGUGUAUGUAAACUAUGUAUCCUGCUAUUAAUACAAUGACAAUGACAAGUGGCUUAACAAUAAAGGUAGUAAAGCAUAAAAAUAUUAAGUAGAACUUUGUGCAUAUUGGUAGUUUUUCAUUGUUCUGUAAGUUGUGUUGUAUUUAUAAAAUUACAUUUUAGAGUUUUUGGUCAGGUUGUGUUAUAUAAUUAUGUGCAAACUAAGUUGAUAGAAAGGUGUGUUAUGUCUGCCAUUAGCUUGUGUUGGCUUUAUUUGAUUACUUGUAUGAUGACAAGUGACUUUCCCCUUUUUUAAUUUCGGUACUCCAUGAAUGUUCCAUUUUAGUUCUAGUAAAAGUUUGCCAUAUCAACUACA